AGAAAUUUAACCACACAAACGGCAAAUUGCUACAGAUUCUCAUUUUGCCUUCACAGAACGCCUAGUUUCCGCCAGCACCACGCACGUGUAACCCUAAGCGGGUGUCAAUUGAGACGACAAAAUUUCCACUGACAGCGGCUUGGCCCGGCGCCUGCACGAGGCGCCGACCUGACUCCCCUCCAGCUUGCCAUCUUGGAUGACGGGGUCUGAGAGCCCAAGGCGUCGAAUUCCGAUUCCGAAAAUUGGGGCUCCCCCCCUUCAGCAGUCUUGUCACAAGAUAUCGAAGGCAUACGAUGUCGGCAAAAGCACCUUGGGAAGCCAUCCCACCCGAGCACACCCUGUUCGUCCUGGUGACGGGCGGUAAUAGCGGCAUCGGCUUUGGCAUCGGCGAGCGCCUCAUCGACGAAUACCUCACCACGCGAUCCCUCUCCUCGCAUCUAGUAUUGAUACCAACCACGCGGAGCGCGAAGAAGUCUCGGGAGACCGUCGAUGGUCUCCGGCAACAUACGAAGGAGUUCGCGGCCACGUCCAAGGUCCUCCGCGCGCGGGCAGGCCCGAACUACGACCCGAAGCAGACCACGAAACGGGUCCACAUCCUCAGCGUCCAGCUCGACCUGUGCAGCCUGCCUUCCAUCCGCCAGGCCGCGCACCAGCUCGUCUCCGGCACUCUCAGCAGCCCGAGCGACGAUGACGACUUCGUGUCCCUCACCGACGUCACGAUCCCCCGCCUGGAUUCCGUCAUCUUCAACGCCGGGAUGGGGGGCUGGUACGGGCUCGACUGGCCCAAGGUCUUCCACAACAUCUUCACAAAGGGUCUGGUCAGCGCCACGACAUGGCCGACCUUCAAGGGCGCGCUGGCCGGGCACGUCAUCGACCCGAUCAAAGGAGCCAAGGGGGAAGAGGGGACCCCGCAGAUGGGCGAGAUCUUUUGUGCCAACGUCUUCGGCCACUACGUCUUCGCCCAGCGGCUCGUGCCGCUCAUGAGCCGCCCCGCGGGUAGCGCCCUGCCGCCGGGACGCAUCAUCUGGGAGUCGAGCGUGGAGGGGGAGUGGGACAGCCUCUCGCUGGACGACUUUGAGGCCGUCACGAUCCCCGCGGCCUACGAGUCCAGCAAGCGGCUGACGGACGUUCUGGCGCUGACGGCCACUCUCCCGGCCUCCAGGCCCUACGUCGACCGAUUCCUCAACAUCGCCAACAACACCGCCACCACCCCGCCCAAGAUCUACGUCGUCCACCCGGGCAUCGUGCAGACGACCCUGUUCCCGCUCAACGCCUUCAUGUUCUUCUGGUACAACGUGGUGCUCUACGUGGCCCGCUGGCUGGGCUCGCCGUGGCACGUGAUCACGGCGUACAACGGCGCGUGCGCGGCCGUGUGGCUGGCGCUGCAGGAGCAGGGCUGGCUGGACGGGGCGCGGGCAGAGCGCGUCAAGUGGGGGUCCAGCACCGACCGGUGGGGGGGGUGCCGGGUCAAGAAGACCGAGGUAGACGGGUGGGGAUGGGAGGGCCGGGUCGAGGAGAUGCGCGAGCUCAGGCAGGAGCACAAGCUGGCUGGCCGGAGACCCGGGGCGGUGGACGUGACGGAGGAGAAGCUUGUCGAGUUCAAGGAGCUCGGGGCCGAGUGCUGGAAGCGGAUGGAAGAGCUGAGGGAGCGGUGGGAGGCCAUGGUCGACGCGGCCGAGGCAGGGCGCUCAUAGAAAGAAUCUAAAAGGAAAAAGAGACGGGUGAAGGACUGCAUAAUGUUUUAAUCCCCUAUAAUGGUAAUGUUGAAAACACAAAAAAUAGAUGUGACUCGACUGUGUGCUAUCUUC